AGGCGCCGCCGAGAUGAACAUCACCGACGAGCAGCUCCAGGAGAUCACGGAGAUCUUCGGGGACACGUCGGUGCUGCGGCCGCUGGACCAGCAGGAGGAGGAGCUGGAACCCCCGAAGCAGGAACCGCCCACAGUGGACGUGUCCGAGGGCGAGGAGAAGGUCAGGGAUGCGCCUGCGGCGUCGCACCUGAUGGAGGAGGUUGAUCCUGAGGUUGACGUCGACCCCGACCUGGUAGCAAAGGUGUAUGGCACCGCUGCAGACAGAAAGCUGCAGAUGCUAGACGUGCCCGAGCGGUGGCACAAGGCCUACCACGCCGAGCCGCUGCUGCUGGGCCCCGACGGCCGGCGGGUCUGGACAGCGGAGGAGCACGACUGCGAGGCGGGCUGGAUCUGGACGCAGAAGUUCAACGAGAGCCGACAGAGUCGCGACCACCUCGUGAGGGUUAUCGCCAAGGUACUGGUGCACCUCCAUGACGACAUGCUGGAUCCCGUCUACGUGG